UCCCUCCACAAGACAAACAAACACAGUACCUUCCCAAACUCUUCUCAAUAACAAUAAAAAAAACAAAUGGCUUCGUCCCUGCUAACACCCGCAGCAGCAGCAGUCACUGUCAUGCUUCUUGGCCUACUGCUUGGAUCUGCAGAGCAAGUUAGCGGACUGCGUCAUGUCCCUAAGUCCCAUAAGACCACCACUGAUGUAAAACACCCUGAUUUUCUUGUCACCAUUGAGCCCAAACCAACUAUUCUCAUCCCCGGUGUUGGAAGGUUCUUGCUUCCUCCCAAAUGUAAGAAACCAUUCUACCCUUACAAUCCUGUCACCGGAGCUCCCCUUACUGGUGGGUCUAUCGGUGGCCAAAUCCCAUCAUAUGGUGGUGGACAAGGGGGCGGAACUCGCACCCAGCUCCCUGGUGGUGAUGAUACGCUUGUCCCAAACCCCGGAUAUGAAACUCCAACCCCGACCACUGGAGCUGGAGCUGGAGCUGGCGCUGGAAACAACGGCCAAGUUCCUCCGGUGCCACUACCCUGAUUUCUUUUUCAAUAUCUGUCAACAAAUAAGCAUUUCUUAGAUGCAAAAGGGUCUAUGAGUCUUACCUUCUGGUUUACUAGCCGUUACCUUAUGAGUCAUAUGUUUGUCAUCUCUCUCUUUCUUUAUGGAUCUCUCUGUAACAAGAGAGAAUCUUGUGUCUUGUUCUUCACUCAAUGUUGUCAUCUAUAGUAUUUAUUGACAUUCCAUUA